AAAUAAAAGGCUUUUGCCAAAAGCUCAGGAGGGAUGCACAGUCUGGUGGGUGACUGCUCCCACUGACCCGGACCUCCACGCCGGUCGGACCUCCACCCCGGGUCCCACGCACUUGCCUUGGCACGCUGGACUCGCCGGGUUCGACCGCUUUACGUUUCAUUCUCUCACGAUGUGUCUAAAAGAUGCGCAAGCUGUUUGUAGAUGUUGCAGAACACGGCUCGAGGACUGCUUGCCUUGCUCUUGGUGGUGUUGGAGUUGACCCGGCCAAGCCGACCGUCCCCACUGAGACCCCUCUGUGACGGGAGGGUCCUGAACCCUUUCAUUACGGAGGCGCAGGACGCACAUGCUGCCAUGAGGUCAUGUAGAGAAGGAUGUGGCCUGUCCAACGAUGUCACGGUUCCCCAAACCAAAGUCAACUUCGAUGACUGGGAGAAGAAAAGUGCACUGGAGCAAAUCGAGGAGGUGCAGUCCGGCCUGUGGCUUCUACAACAGGCCUUCAGCUUCCUAAGAACCUCUGUCACCAACACGGCGCUGCACGGCCACAUAGACAACUCCCUCAGCAACCUGCUCAGCAUCAAGAAUCUGCUGCGCCGUCACAACAUCCAGGAAUAUACCACACCAGCAAGUACCGCUGAGCUCAAGGAUACAUGGACGGUGUCCUCGGCAGCGGAUGUGCUUCAAAACUAUAUCAUAUUCUUGCGGGGCAAAGUGCAACUCCUUCUUUCGGGCACACAGGCUUGUCGGCCGGAUGGCAGCUGAUCGGCUGCCCUCCCUACUCCGGGCGAAGCCAAUUUGUGUUUCCAAAGGCAAAAGAGGAGGGACUUGACACUGUUGACAUGCACCCUUUGACGGUGGACCCGGCCGUCCUCACGUGAGCGGAAGAGGGGAAAGGACAGUCCGAUCCAGGCUGCGGAUGAACGGGGAGACGAUAGCACCUUGGAAUGUAGAAGUAACCCAUGAACACGGUGAAGAACAAAAUGACCAAAAAGAAAAAUGAGGCCUUUGGGAAGCACUGCUCCAAAAGCUGUUCUACUGGCACUCUCUUGCACUUAUGUGUGUGUGGAUGUACUUCUGUCUAAGUCGAGCGUGCGAGUUUGAAUGGGUUUGUUUCCAGUGAGAUUGACCCCUCCCACUCUUCAGAGUGAAACCCCCAGCAAAUAUAGUUGUCAGACUCUGAGGUCACGACAGAGCAUUCAUACCCAAUACCACUGCAAAAAGUCACAAAUAUUUACAAGGUCUCACCCCACAGCCCUUUAACUUCACCCCACAGAAACACUCGUCUUCUAAGGUUUCUUGUUUGUUCGCAGAAUAUUUUAAUAUAUUUUUUAACGGUUGUGUAAUUUAUACAGAUUUUCUACUUUUAAAGCUCAAGACGUAUUGUUGGUGUCGGGCUCUCCUUGCCUUGUUCACUUGAACACAUUCGCAAUGGGCUUUGACACCGUUUGCACUGGCACGCUGCUGUCUUCCUUCUUAUAGACGGGGUGGACCCCACUUGCUGUUACUGUUUCUUCCUUCAAAAGUCACAGCCAAAGACUAAAACGUUGACACAGAGGCUCGGAGGCAGUGAGCGCCAGUGAGGAGGAGGGUCACACGAGAGCUGCGAAGCCGUUUCCCAAUCAACACACCGAUGGCGAGACUGUCGGAGUCUUCCAGCUCUUACAUUUAACAUCCUGGCAAAAAAAGUGUCCAGCUCUGACAUUUAACAUCCUGUGAGGCUCUAAUUGCAAACAGUUUCCCAGAACGUGACGCUAGAGCCUCCGUUGUUCGUCAUGAAACGGCAGACAGGCAAUCAGUUAGUCCUGGGAACUUGGGGUUUUCUAUCAAAUGGAAGCUCAACUGUUUCAGACUAGUUAAGUGGUCUUCCUUGUUUUCUUCCGUAUUUUUAUAUCACGUUGUGCAAGUGCAAGAUGUUUUUAAGGAUGUUUUUACAUGUUUUCUUUCCUGUUAUUUCCCCCCCGCUAUAACUGUAUAAUUUGCUAUUUAAAUACAAAAACAUUAUUCUUGGAUAAAGAGAGGAUAGACGGAAAAACAACAAGGGGAAGUCUCUCCAUUUCAUUAUUUAUGUUUGUCUUUUCAGGUCAGUGGAGGGAAUGAGCUAAAUACAAGUGUUCUCAGACCUCGCUGCUCUUAAACACAUCCAGCUCUGAUUUUCCUGCCUUUUAUAAAGACCUGAUAGUGAAAGAAGAACACAACUCACAAGCAAAUUUGAUUUUAUUUCAUCGUGUUCUAGAUAACGGUCAACGACAUCCAUUCUAACCAAAGGGAACAACAGCAGUUAAACGACACAAAGCCAAAUAUAGGAAUCAGAUUCCUUGACCCUCAGCUGAACCCAUGUUAUAGACCAGGUUAAGGAAAAGACUGUGAUAUUAUUUUGCAGAGGGAUAACAUCCUGCGAGCCUGACUGACAUCUAGUGGACACUGACAACACCUGCUAGACACAUUAACUUAUGGUUUCUCAGUUUUCCACUUAUUUGUUUCUUUCAAAACAUGAAACUAAACCCUUGCGCAGACCUUUGGGUGUUCAAAUUAAAGAUACUUUUAAGUUUACAUUUCACAUGUAAAAGUGCAUGAAAUUAACACAAUUAAAUUACACUGAGGUUUCACCUUAACACCACUGCUGCUGCUUCAACACAUGCAAACUUAAAAAGGCAAGACACAGCACAUGACAAAAGUAACAGCACUAUAUAUUCAGACAAGUACGGCUGCCCGUGGCCACAUGGUUGAGUGAUACAAUCACACACUGUAAGCUUGUCUGCUCCCUUCUGCAGUGCUCUGCCAUUAAAUGACACCACCAUAACAGCCCCCACCAACCAUGUUAGCUGGUCUCCUGGGGAACGCUGCCACUCUGCCCCACGCUGGGCAGACCUCAUUCAUGUCACUGAGGGUCCGGGUAGAAAACCUUGAUAUGAAUAGCCGAGUUGUUGCGUGUGCGCGUCAUGGGCUCCCCGGCCUCGUCGGGAUCCUCAGGCUCCAGGUCAUCCACCAGCUCCACCGUGGAGGUGUUGGCCGCCAGCUGCAGCGCCCCCUGGCUGGUGGCCUGCAGCUGAAGGGCAAUGUUGAUGGCCCGGUUGAUGGCGAGGCCCAGGCCGUGGACACAGAUCUCCCUGUGACCCCCGCCCUCCAGGAGCUUCUGACAGCGAGCCAGCUGAGCACGGAAAUCCGUCUUCAUGUUGACGUAGACGUCGUUGCGUCUCUUCGGGAGUUUGCGGGGGAGACGCUUCCUAAGGGUGUACUCCACAGGGUCCAUGUCCACCGCCGGCAAGGUGGAGUCUGUGUGUGCUGGGGCCGCCUGCGGGAUGGAGGACGUCCCUGGAUUGCGUGGCUCCGUCAUGUUUGUCUGGGUCAGUUACGGCAGCGGCUGCCGCCUAAUGAUGAAGCUGUGGGAACAGAGACAUUUUAUCAAAACGAAAAUUAAACUACAUUCUUUCAUCAUCUCAAAGUUGGCAGAAUUAUUACAUUUUCAUUGAAUCGUUUGCACACAAGGAAAAGCAACAGAACCUCACUAGGAAUCAUAAAUAGCUACAAUUUCACUUUAUAUUUAAAUCAAAUCAACAAAUGUUCUCAGCUCCACCUCAUAAAUUGAAAUAUUGUGAGUUUCUUACAUAAUUUAAUUAAAAAAGUCAAACUUUCAAUGUCAGCACUAUUACCCAUGAUUGUCUGCA